AUGACAAAUGCAAUUGAUCAAUUACUUGAACAUGAUAAUCAAAAUGAUAGUAGACGUUUAAUAAUUGUUAAUCUUGGUUUAAUUAAAAAUUUUUAUAGAAAAACUUUUGAACAAUCCCAAUUAUCAAGCAAUAGUCAACAAUCAAUAAAUACAAGUAAAAGAACAAUAUCCAUACAAAUGAACAACAUCUCUUUACCAGUCACUAUUCAACAAAUAAUCAAUGAUCUUAUGUUCAAUACGAUAUGUUAUUUUUGUAUAGAACAUAAUGAUCAUAAUGCUCUAUUAAGUUCAUUAGAAAUACUUGACAUCACACUUUAA